AUGGUUUUUAACGAGCAUGGCCAAGGGAAAGGCCCAAACUAUGAUGCGCCACGAGAGAUGCAAGAUCUACCCGCUGGCCAGGCAUACCACUUUCGCGAAUCCGACGACGCAAAUGUCUCCAACAGAUCGCCCGUGAGCAACCCAAGCAACCCAUACGAACCCGACUAUGAUCAAUUGUCUCCCCCUCCCAUGCUGGGCGCCCAGCGUCCCGUCCCCGAGCAAAACGAGUCGAGCCGCGAUCUUCUGCACAAUUCCUACCAUGGCAGUAUAGGCCAGGCCAGCUUCGACAACGGCAGCUUCGGUCACAACGGCAGCUAUGGCGUUGGCGCUUUCGGCCAUUAUCCUCCUGACCAGCACGGUCGCAUGCCUGGCUCGCCGGGGUACGAGUACCCAGAGCCUGAAUAUGAUGUCGAAGCUUCACGUCUCGCUGAGUCGCGCCUCUCGGUCAUGCACCGGGCGCCUACAAUGCAGGAAUGGGACCAGAAUGGCGAGGCGCUCUCUGUCCCGCCUGAUUUUGCCCGCGGUGGUCGUCCAGACUCGACAUACCAGGAAUUCGACGUCGACGAGAGCUGGAUGAUGCGACAGCAACAAGCACAGCUUGGCGCUGGCGGUCUCGGUCGCUCAAAGACCCGUAAGAUCAAGCUUGUCCAGGGCUCCGUCCUCAGCAUCGACUACCCCGUUCCCAGCGCUGUCAAGAACGCCAUCGAGCCCAGGUACCGCAACGGUCCUGGAAGCAUGGAGGAGGAGUUCACCAAGAUGCGCUACACAGCUGCUACCUGCGACCCUAACGACUUCACCCUGCGUAACGGUUUCAACCUCCGCCCGCGAAUGUACAACCGCCACACCGAGCUCCUCAUCGCCAUCACCUAUUACAACGAAGACAAGGUCCUCCUCGCGCGUACCCUCCACCAUACAAUGAAGAACAUUCAGGAUAUUGUGAACCUGAAGCGAUCCAAGUUCUGGAACAAGGGAGGUCCAGCCUGGCAGAAGAUCGUUGUGUGUCUCGUCUUUGACGGUAUCGAUAAGGUCGAUAAGAACGUCUUUGAUGUUCUCGCGACUGUCGGUAUCUACCAGGAUGGUGUUCUGAAGAAGGACGUCAACGGUAAGGAAACGGUCGCCCACAUUUUCGAGUAUACUAGUCAGAUCUCCGUGACGCCCGACCAACAGCUCGUCCGCCCCGAUCCCGACAAGCCACACCGAAACCUGCCCCCCGUGCAGUUCAUUUUCUGUCUCAAGCAGAAGAACAGCAAGAAGAUCAAUUCGCAUCGCUGGCUGUUCAACGCCUUUGGCCGCAUUCUGAACCCAGAAGUCGCCAUCCUUAUCGACGCCGGAACGAAACCUGGCCCGCGCGCCCUCUUGUCUCUCUGGGAAGGCUUUUACAACGAUCGUGACCUGGGCGGUGCCUGUGGAGAGAUUCACGUUAUGCUGGGCAAAGGAGGAAAGAUGCUUCUCAACCCGCUCGUCGCGGUACAGAAUUUCGAGUACAAGAUUUCCAACGUCCUCGAUAAGCCGCUGGAGAGUGCCUUUGGAUACGUCAGUGUCCUCCCCGGUGCCUUUUCAGCGUACCGCUUCCGUGCGAUUAUGGGACGGCCGUUGGAACAGUACUUCCACGGAGACCACACGCUUUCCAAAACAUUGGGCAAGAAGGGUAUUGACGGAAUGAACAUCUUCAAGAAGAACAUGUUCCUUGCCGAGGACCGAAUUCUCUGCUUCGAAUUAGUCGCCAAGGCGAGUCAAAAGUGGCAUCUGAGCUACAUCAAAGCGUCCAAGGGCGAGACCGAUGUGCCUGAAGCCGCUGCUGAGUUUAUCGGCCAGCGACGACGAUGGCUCAACGGAUCUUUUGCCAUGUCUCUCUAUUCUCUUAUGCAUUUUGGCCGAAUGUACGGCUCUGGCCACAACCUCAUCCGACUCUUUUUCCUCCACAUCCAAUUCGUGUAUAACUUGCUCAACGUCCUCUUCUCUUGGUUCUCGCUCGCCGCUUUCUACCUCACCACCACGAUUAUCAUGAAGCUUGUCGGAACGCCGCAGGUCUUGUCCGGGUACCAUGGAUGGCCAUUCGGCGACACAGCCACACCAAUUGUCAACGUCCUCAUCAAAUACAUCUACAUCGCCUUCCUCGUAUUGCAAUUCGUCCUUGCGCUUGGUAACAGACCCAAGGGCGCGCAAUACACCUACGUUCUCUCCUUCAUGGUCUUCGGUUUGAUCCAAUUCUAUCUUCUCGUAUUGACUGGUUACCUCGUCUACCGAGCCUUUACUGGAACGCCAAUUGAGGAGCAGAUCUCUUUCGAGUCCGGACAAGCCUUCUUCGAUAGUUUCUUCGGAGGCGAUACGGGUGUCGCAGGUCUGAUCAUCAUCGCCCUGAUCACUAUCUACGGUCUCAACUACAUUGCGUCCUUCCUCUACCUCGACCCAUGGCACAUGUUCCACUCCUUCCCCCAGUAUCUCGUCCUCAUGUCAACCUACAUCAACAUUCUGAUGGUGUACGCCUUCAACAACUGGCAUGACGUGUCCUGGGGUACCAAGGGUUCCGAUUCCGCCGAAGCCCUGCCCUCAGCCACCAUCGUCAAGGAUGAAAAGGGCAAGGAAGCCGUGGUCGAAGAAAUUGAGCAAGAACAGACGGAUAUCGACAGCAAGUUCGAAAAGGUCGUGUGGCGAGCUCUCGCGCCCAUGAGCGAAAUGACGGAAGAGCAGCCAGAGAAGAAGGACGUCGAAGAUUCCUAUAAGUCUUUUCGAACGGGUCUGGUCAUUCUCUGGUUGCUUUGCAACAUUGUUCUCAUCGUCUUUGUCACAACAGACGAUUUCAUCACUCUCGGCGUUUCUAAAGCCGCAGAUGUCCGCACACCCAUGUACUUCCGCUUCCUUCUCUACGCGACAGGUGUGCUAUCUAUUGUCCGCUUCUUUGGUUUCCUCUGGUUCAUUGGACGAACCGGCAUCAUGUGCUGCAUUAAUCGGCGAUAA